AUGGCCCCCGCCGCCGCGGCGGCGCUCGUCGCGCCGGUUCGAGCGCUGCCGUCGCUGUCGCGGCGACGUCUUCAUCGUCGCGCGAGAUGGCGGCGCGGGCAUCGCGCGUCCUCGUCGCAGGUCGAGAUCGACGAGAUCGCAAUCGGAGACGUCGAUCGCGUCGUCUCCCCGCUCCCUCCCCCGAGCCCCGAGCAAGCGUCCGUGGUGCGUUCCGUGUGUCACGAUCGCGCGAAUGUCAUCUGCGAGGCCGUCGCCGGGAGCGGGAAGACGACGACGGUGCUGCACUGCGCCGCCGCCGCGCCGGGGAUCAAGUUCUUGUGCCUGACGUACAACGCGCGACUGAAGCUUCACGCGCGCAAGCGCGCGGCCGAGCUCGGCCUCGCGAACCUGGAGGUGCACUCCUUCCACGCGCUCGGGGCGAGGUACUACGUGAACGACUGCAGGAACGACGAGGCGCUGCGGCGGCUCGUGGACGGCGAUUUCGCGCCGCGGAACGGCGCGCCCGCGUUCGAUUGCCUCGUCGUCGACGAGGCGCAGGAUCUCACGCCGCUGCUCCACCGACUCGUGUUGAAAGCGAUUCGCGACCGCGACGCGUCAUCAUCGGGAGCGACGCCGGCGUCGCUCCUGAUCCUCGGCGACUCGAGACAGAGCAUAUAUCAGUUCCGCGACGCGGACAGUCGGUUCCUGACGUUCGCGGACCGAGGGCUGUACCGACCGGCGACCGCGGAUGCAGACGAAACAGAAAACGACGAAUCAGAAACCGACGCGGCCGCGCCGCCGCCGCCGCCGCCGUGGCGUCUGCACACGCUCCGCACGUCCUUCCGCGCGACGCCAGCGAUCGCGUCGUUCGUGAACGACGUCAUGCUCGGGUACCCGUGCAUCACGCCGUCGCCGCAUCGGGCGGGCCGCGGCACGCCCGUCGCGUAUAUGGUCGGCGACGCGUUCGCGAUGCCCGACGCGCUCGUGGACGAGAUCGACUACCUCCUCACCGCGAAGGGAUACGCGCACGAUGACAUAUUCAUCCUGACGCCUUCGCUGAAGGGCGCGAAGUUGAACAGCAAGACGCCGCUCGCGCGGCUGGAGAACGCGCUGGUGACGCGGCUCAACGCGCCCGUGUUCGUCUCCGCGUCGGACGAAGGUGAUCAACUCGACAGCGAGGAACUCUCCGAUGCGCUCAUUCGCGGGAAAAUUUGUCUCACCACGUAUCACGCGAGCAAAGGGUUGGAGCGGCCGGUCGUCAUCGUCUUCGGGUUCAGCGCGGAGUACUUCGCGUACUACGCGCGUUCCCAUCCGACGACGAGCUGCCCGAACGCGCUGUACGUCGCGGCGACGCGCGCGAGCGAGCGCCUGUAUCUCGUCGCGGAGGCGGAGGAGAACGGCCACCUGCCGUUUCUGCGGUGCCGGCCCGAGGCGCUCGACGCGUUCGGCGCGCCGCUGCCGUCGUACCUCAACGUGCGCCGCUGCGGGCGCAUGCGCCCUGAGAAGACCGCGGCGCCGACGCCGUCGUCGCGGUUCGCGGCGACGGACCUCGUGAAGUUUCUCCCGGAGUCGACGAUCGCGACGGUCACCGCGAUGUUGCGCGCGACGGAGGUAUCGCCGCCGACGAAGGACGCGCGGAUCGACGGCACGGUGCCGUCGCUCGCGGGGAAAGGGCUCAUCGAGUCCGUGUCCGACGUCACCGGCCUCGCCGUCGUCGCCGCGCACGAGCACCGGCACUUCUCCGCCGCGAAGGCGAAGAACGGGACUCGCGGGGCGGCGUGGGCGAGCUCGAGGAGUACGGCGCUUGCGCGGCGGUUGGAGAGCAGCUUCGAGAAGCUGACGCGGCAGACGAAAGCGAGCGCGGCGCGGGGCGCGCUGCGGAAGGGCGACCAGACCGACGACGCGUCGAUCGCGGUGGACGACUCGCGCGCCAUCUCGCACAUCCGAGACGUCUUGGCGAGAGACCCGGAGACGACGUCGGACUUUUUGAAACUCGCCGCGUGGUACGAAGCCGUGGAGGGCGGGUACCUCUUUCGCCCGUUUCAGCUGUCGACGUUCGAUUGGGUCACCCCCGCGGCGGCGGCGAUCUGCGCUGGCGUGCUCGAGACGCACCUCCCGUGCGCCGCCGCCGGCGCCGCCGACGACGACGACGACGCGUCGCCGAGGGUGCGUUACGAAAAGCGUUACGACGUCUCGUUCAAGUUUGGCGCGCCGAUCGUCACGAUCGUCGGCGCCGCGGACGCGGUCACCGCCGGCGCGGACCCCACGAUUUUCGAGGUGAAGUGCGCGAAGCGUCUGAUGCCCGAGCAUCUCCUGCAGCUCGCGACGUACCAGUGGUUGGACGCGUUCGGCGUCGUCCAGCGACGCGUCGCGGACGCGCGCGAGAGAGCGGCGGAAGAGAAGGCGACGACGACGACGACGACGACGACGACGACGACGACGCGCGAGAAAAAGAACGGCGCGAAAGGUUUCGGGAGAAACGCGCGCGAGUACACGGACGAAGAGGCCGAGGACGCGGUCUCGAUCAUCGACGCGUUCGAGCGCUUUGGCGGUGACGCGGACGCGGUGAUGAAACGCGCCGUCUUGCUGAACGCGCGCACGGGCGAGGCGUUGGCGUUGAACGCGGACUUGAGGACGCUGACGGGCGUCGUCGCGGCGCUCGUGGAGCAUCGCACGCGAGCGGAGAAGGAUCUGGACGACGAGGCGUUCUUGUGCGCCGCGGCGGACAACGGGGCGAAGACGCACGCGCCGGUCGCCGCGCUCGUCCCGGAGAUGGUGCGGCCGGACGACGCGGGCGGCGCGUCGGAAACGUGGACGGAUAAAAAGACGCGGAAGGCGACGGCGGCCGCGACCGAGGACGGGCCUCGUCCGGUCGGACGGGGGAGAGUGAAAGUGAAGCGGAAGACGGCGGCGACGGCGGCGGCGACGGUGGACGUGCCGUCGCUGAAGGUGACCCAACUGAAAGCGGAGCUCAAGGCGCGCGGCGCGUCCAUCGCCGGGAACAAAGCCGCGCUCGCGGCGCGUCUUCGGAGCGUCAUAGAAUCCAAACGAUGA